AUGCCCAAUGCGGUCGGCGUAAAAACGCCGUGCGACAAGAGCAGAAUGACGCCCGACUUCCUGGGCACUGCAGACUGGGAUGAAAUUUACGCCAACGACACCCAGGUCGUGGUUGUACAAUCUCACAAUCACAACCCGAUGGACUUGUUGCGGGUGAACAAGCAACCGAGCGUCGCGAGGGCCCUGGGGAAGCUGAACGUGGGCGUUGACCCGGACGUUUUCGGGACCUGCGCGCUACGGUUCCUGCUCAAACCUCGGCCGGACUUCAAGGAGCGCUACUGCGAGGAGCGCUCAGCGGUGCUGGGCGGCAAGACCGCGAGCAUUUCCUUGCACCUUCGGACCGGGGACAACCCUAGCUACCACGCGGAGUGGUACAAGACCCUCCCCACGGACUUAGAGAACUUCACCGCUUGCGCGACGGGGCUCGAAGAGGGGCUGGCGAUGGUCGCCGCGAUGUACGCACCAACACCCGGGCCCGACUUCGACAUCUUCAGGACGUUCAAGGAACGAGGGGACUUGGUCUGGCUCCUAGGAACAGAUAGCUCCGAGGUCAUCGACCUCCUCAAAGAGGGAGAACACACGGUGGCUCAAGGCGGAAAGGUGGCGUUCGUAGAGGGGGACGAGUUCCACCGCUCCCACAGCGGCAACAAAGGGGGCAAGGGUUCCAACAACGCCGGGCCGCUUAUUGACCUUGCCCUGCUAUCUGAGGCCCCGCUUCUUGUGGGUUCCUACUGCAGCACCUUCUCACAGAACACGGCGGAGAUUGGCGGGCUGCCUGUUCCUCUGCGCCUGUUUCUGUCAACUCCAUUCCACCACCUUCUAGGGAGAUCACACGUGGACUGGGACCGGUUCGAUGACUUUCGCCAGGGGUGCAGGGAUAUCGUUUCGGACCCGAGCGCCCGCGAGCACCUGCGGGUAGCCUUGAAGACGAACCUCGAGCCGUGGAUUCGCUGCGACGACCAGGGAGGGUGAUGCCACACCACCGCCAUUUCCACGAUCAUGGUACUCAGAACUUUUUUUUUCUUUUAUUAACUACGAGGAUAUCUUCUUGCAAUUCUCACCACAAGCUUGGUUGUACACCAACGGAGUUGGCAUCGUUUAUCGUUGUUGCGUUUCAAGACUGCUCCAUGCCUGAAAAACGUAGUGGGCCGACAUAGCCCGCAAUUUUUCUCGGCGGGGGUGUUGUACACGUCUUGUUGCUUGCGUGGGACAGCGAUGCGCGCGAGUCUUCUUUUGUUGUUGUUGUUGGUGUUGUUGCUCGUGUUGGUUUCUGUUGUCCGUUAACGUAGCAGGGAAUCUCCGCCACUGCGCGCGUAGUUUCGUCGAGAAUGGCCGCGGCGUGACCUGUGGAAUCUCGGGAAAUCUCCCCAUUCUUGUGCGUGACACCGGGUCGGAGGUUUCUAGUACGUACGUUAGGUUGAUGGAUGAAGUGAGACCGACAUUUUCGUGUAAGAAGGGUUUAGGUAUUCCAGAUGCAUGGAAGGCCUCUUUCUGUAUCCACAGUUUUGCCUCCGGGAUUUGAACUCAAUGUGCAUAUAUGUGCGGUAUCAUGUAC